UUCACAUACAAUAGUUAUUGAAACUUCCCAAAAAGUUCGGUAUAGAACGUAAAUAAAUCAACAUAGAAAAAUUUAUAAUAAAAAGAUAGAAAUUAUGGAUGAUAAAGGUGCCAUAACAAAACUUCCUCAUCACAUACAACAGAAAUUAUGUCAUACGCGACCACCUUACAGACAAGGGAAGAGAUUAACGUCCGUGAAGGUUUAUACAAUAAACGACGAAUCAAAACAUGUGAUGAUAUGUGGAGUGCCAAAACUUCACUUAGGGGAAGAAGUAAAAAAACUUGUUGAACCCUAUGGAAAUAUAAAAAGGAUACAUGUGGUGCCUGAUUAUCCCACAGAAGAAUUUACAGAAGCAUAUUAUGUACAAUAUGUUCGCAUACAAAGUGCAAGAAUAGCAAAACGAUUUAUUGAUGGAAAAAAUUUUUAUGGUGGUUCACUGCAUGUUUUCUAUGUACCUGAACUUGAAACUGUCUCAGAAACAAGAGCUAAACUUAUUCAACGUCGCAGAGAUGUAGCUAUACGUACAAAAAGAAAUCAACAAGAUAUGACAAAUCUAGAUGUCUGCAAAUUUAUACCUAAAGAGCAAUAUCAUAGAAAAAAGAAGAACCCUGCUUUACCACUUACACAAGACCGUCUAACUCAACAUUAUCCUGGGGAAACAUUAUCCUCUAUUUAUGAUGGUAUACCACAAAAUCUAGAUCCAAGACCAGUAUCUGAACCUAGCUUACCUUCAACUUCAUACAGUCAUCUAGAAAAUAAUUCUGUUCCAUUUGCAUCAUCACAAGCUCCUUAUCACCCAAAUGAAGCUAUAAUUAGAACAUGUAAACACAAAGAAACUGCAUUGAAAUCUGACUGUACAAAAAACAAAAGAAAAAAUUACAAGGGGCAGUAUGUUAAUAAUAAUGUUAAAAUUAGAGUGGUUAGACCUCAACUUGUAGACACAAGUACCAUAGUGAAAUGGGAUAUGUCAAAUAAGAAUGUAUUUUCCAACCCAAAGAAGGUUCAGAGUAAUAUGACUAUUAAAUUAAUACCAAAGAGUGGUGAUGAAAGAAAAAGGAUUAUAAUAAAGGAUCCAAGUGUAUCACAAUUGGUAGAGCCAAGUGAAGAUCUUCAAUGUUUAAUUAAAGAAGCAAAAUCUCAGGUACGAGCGGCUAUGCAGAUGAAUACUAGGGAAAAUCCGUAA